AUGGAUAGUGAUAUGAAUUGUAAUUGCCUUUCAAGUGUGAUAGUGCCAGGUGAAGAGAUAGCCUAUAUUAUUUUUACUAGUGGUUCAUCUGGAAUUCCGAAAGCGGUUCAAGUUCGACAUAAGAACUUUAUUGAUUGUAUGCAUUCUUUGGCUUAUAUUAACGCAUUUGAUAAAGAUGAUACAGUUGUACAAAUGAUACGAUGUUCAUUUGACAUUCAUGUUUAA